AUGACAAGUCCUACGGGCUACCACAAGCCACUCAGUCACAACGAUGGGUAUAAAGACGAUGACCGCGAUUCCGACCUAGACUUGGACCUGAAUGAGCUGGAUCCGCAGACAACGAGCUUCUCGCGAACACCAACGCGGCAGCCUAGCUCUGGCCGCAUUAGCCAUGACUUUGGCGCUAGAAUACCUCUUCGCAACUUGAGGUUUGGUGGGAGGAGGCGACCGAGAGAGGAAGACGAGGAGGAUCUGCAAGCGCUUGUAGGCGGCGACGAAGAUGAAGAACGUGGCAGAAAGAGAAUGAGCAGAGACGAUGAUACGGCGUUGCUGUCGCAUCCGAAUGGCAACACUCGGCGCUUCUCCCAACAGGGUAUCCAUAAUCUAGGCGAUUAUCGGAAGAGGCGGAAAGGCAUAUGGAAGUAUCUACCAUUUGGGAAACGAAGUGCUUCUAUUGCUCUGCCGUCGGCGGCAGAAGAGGAGCCCGAAGGCGACCACGAUCCUGCUGCGAAUCGAACGAUUGCAGUCGGUCAACGGCAAGCUACACGGUUCCCUCCGAAUGCCAUCUCCAACGCGAAGUACACCCCGUGGUCCUUCCUCCCACGCACGCUAUUCAACGAGUUCAAGUUCUUCUUCAACAUGUACUUCCUCCUGGUUGCCUUGUCGCAGAUAAUACCCGCUCUGCGGAUAGGCUAUCUCUCGACCUAUGUCGCGCCUCUGGCAUUCGUAAUCAGCAUCACUCUUGGGAAGGAGGCCUACGACGAUGUAUACAGGCGGAAAAGGGAUAGCGAAGCGAACAGUGAAGCCUACAAAGUGCUGCGAUUUGAAGAGCGCGACGCGAGCGUUGACGGCGGUGGCUUGAAGAGGAAGAUCAAAAGCAUGUCGGAAAGGAAGAAGGGGAAGAAGAGACGAGUCUCCAUUGAGAACGACAUUGCAAGGCUACAGCAGGCGGAUGACGAGGAAUACGGGAGCGAAGACACCAAAACACCUUCGGCUAGCGUUCUAGAGGUAAUGAAGCCCUCACGGGACCUCAAGGUUGGAGAUAUUGUCGUUCUUGGUAAGGAUCAGAGGGUACCUGCAGAUGUUGUCGUUCUCAAAAGUGUUUCAAGCGAAGCUGCUGCUGCCGCCGUCGAGGACGGUACAGAUCAGCCCGAUGAGCUGGUGGACAUGGGCGAAAAUGCAACAGCACCAAGCCCUAAAUUGCAAGGGGAGGCACUGAGGGGUCAAGAUCUGGAGAAUGAGACGACUUCAGCUGAUCCUAGCGGAGGAGGCGAGGCCUUCAUUCGUACCGACCAGCUUGAUGGAGAAACGGACUGGAAGCUACGUUUGGCGACACCCAUUGCACAGACGCUGCCUACUAGCGAGUACAUUCGAUUGCGGGUGACUGCAGGCAAACCAGACAAGAAAGUGAAUGACUUUGUCGGCACGAUCGAACUGCAACCGCGGCAUCAGCUAGCAUACGACCCGCCGGUUGCAAACGCGCACCUGCCAGAAUAUGAUUCUCCUGGUACUACGUCAAGUCCUUUGACAAUCGAUAACACAGCCUGGGCAAAUACCGUGCUCGCCUCUUCGACUAUAGUACAUGCCAUUGUCGUCUACACUGGAACGGAAACUCGAGCUGCUCUAUCUACAUCUCCGUCACGGUCGAAGACAGGCUUGCUGGAGUAUGAGAUCAACAGCCUCACAAAGAUCCUCUGCUUCUUGACUGCGGCGCUCAGUGUGAUCUUGGUAGCCCUCGAGGGCUUCAAGGCCCAUGAAGAGCGACCCUGGUACGUUGCGGCCAUGAGAUUCCUGAUCCUAUUCAGCACCAUCGUACCCAUAUCCCUUCGUGUCAACCUCGAUAUGGGUAAAAGUGUAUACGCGUACUUCAUACACCGGGAUCAGGACAUACCGGGCACUGUGGUGAGAACAAGCACGAUACCUGAAGAUCUCGGACGCAUCGAGUACCUACUCAGCGACAAAACAGGCACUCUGACGAGGAACGAGAUGGAACUGAAGAAAAUACACGUGGGAACGGUCAGCUAUGGUGGUGACGCCAUGGAAGAAGUCAGCAGCUAUGUGAAGCAGGCAUUCGCGUUUACAGAAGCAGACGGCAAUGAUGCCCUGUUCACGCCGUCAUCAGGCAUCAGCUCUCUCAGCGGGGCAACCAGAACCAGGCGAGAGAUUGGAUUGCGCGUACGUGACCUCGUGCUUGCGCUUGCAUUAUGCCACAACGUGACACCAACAACGGAAGAAGACGAGGCCGGACAAUCUAAGGUAGCCUACCAAGCUUCGUCGCCCGAUGAGAUUGCGAUUGUGCAGUGGACUGAGCAGGUUGGACUACGGCUCUUGCACCGAGACCGCAAGAGCAUCACGCUCCAGUUCACCGGCGAUGAGCGAAUCGUUGUCCGUGUUGAGAUCCUCAACGUCUUUCCGUUCACGAGCGACAGCAAGCGUAUGGGUAUCAUCGUGCGUUUCGUUCGCAACGCUCAGUCGAAGAAAGCCGAGACAGGGGAGAUACUCUUCUUCCAAAAAGGUGCUGACACGGUAAUGACCUCAAUCGUCGCGGCCAACGACUGGCUCGAUGAGGAGACCGGCAACAUGGCACGCGAGGGUUUGCGUACACUCGUGGUAGGUCGCAAGUCUCUGAGUGCACAGCAAUACACUGCAUUCUUUACCGCAUACACCGAGGCAUCUCUCAGUCUGUCGGGCCGUGACGCUGCCAUGGCAAGCGUGAUCAAGCAACAUCUCGAACGCGACCUCGAGCUCCUCGGCGUGACCGGCGUCGAAGACAAACUACAGCCACUUGUCAAACCCUCACUCGAGCUCCUCCGCAAUGCAGGGAUCAAGAUCUGGAUGCUCACCGGUGACAAAGUCGAGACGGCGCGUUGUGUUGCUGUCUCUUCCAAACUGGUCAGUCGAGGGCAAUAUAUUCACACCAUCGCAAGUCUUAAGAACCGCAACGCUGCCCUUGAUGCGCUGAGCAUGCUGCACAACCAGCCUAAUGCUGCUCUCCUCAUCGAUGGUCAAUCUUUGGCACUUUACCUCCAGUACCACCGCGAUGCUUUCAUUACUCUCGCCGUCCGCCUCCCGGCCGUCAUAGCAUGCCGCUGCUCUCCAACCCAGAAGGCAGACAUCGCCCAUCUAAUCCGCGCAUAUACAAAGAAACGCAUUGCUUGUAUUGGCGACGGCGGCAACGAUGUCAGCAUGAUCCAAGCCGCAGACGUGGGAGUAGGAAUCGUCGGCAAAGAAGGUCGCCAGGCUUCGCUCGCAGCCGAUUUCAGCAUCACGCAAUUCGCCCAUAUCACCAAAUUGCUUGUCUGGCAUGGACGAAACUCCUACCGCCGUUCAGCGAAGCUGGCACAAUUUGUCAUGCAUCGCGGUCUCAUCAUAAGCGUCUGCCAAGCUAUAUUCUCCAUCGCUUCGAAAUUCGAACCUGUGGCUCUCUACCGUGAUUGGCUUCUGGUCGGGUACGCCACGAUAUAUACCAUGAUGCCGGUCUUCUCGCUGGUCUUGGACAAGGACGUAGAUGAAGGGCUUGCGAACUUGUACCCGGAGCUCUACAAGGAACUCACGACCGGAAAGUCUCUAAGCUACCGCACAUUCUUCAUCUGGGUAGGCAUCUCUUUCUACCAAGGCCUCAUUAUCCAAGGAGGAAGCGAAUUACUCGUCCCUGGCUUCAGCCUCAAACCCACCACCGACGCAGACGGAAACGACACGACACUCGCGACGGGAGGUUUUAGACGCAUGGUCGCAGUGUCCUACACGUGUCUGAUCGUCAACGAAAUCGUAAUGGUAGCGGCAGAGAUCACUACCUGGCAUCCGACCAUGAUCUUUAGCAUCUUGGGCACAGCAGCGCUGUACUUCGGUAGUAUUCCGUUCCUUGGAGGAUACUUUGAUCUCAAUUUUGUCACCGACAUUGGGUUCUGGUGGAGGUUUGCCGCUAUUGCAGCUGCGAGCUUGGGACCAGUUUAUGCUGGGAAGGUCAUCAGGAGGACCGUAAAGCCGCCGAGUUACAGGAAGGUCAGGGGUGUAUAG